GUGCAUGUGCGUGUGCGCGUGUGUUGUGUCUGUAUACCUAUGUACAAUGUAUUUGAAUGCAGUAGAGUGGCUGUUUGAAAGAUCCGUUUUUCAAAGUAAAAUUUCACUAGUUCUGUGCUAUAUACAUGUACAGGUACGACGUCACAACAAUUAUAAUAGGAAUUAUUAUAUCACAAAACCCCUUUUACCUACACAAGUUAUGACGUGUUCCAAGGUCAAAGGCAACUCUUUGUUUGUAGAACGCCGGUGCAUAGUUUCACUGUCAAGUUCUAGAACGCCAUUUACGUGCGGCUAGAUUCAUAUUGCGACAAGCAACACAUCGUGCAAGACGUAUCGAAGAUACCUCUCUCGUGGAAAACUAUAAACUGCAAGUGUUUGGCAACCACAGUUGUAAAGAUGAGUCGGCUAGUGGACAGGACGUUUUCGGCCGUAUUCACCGUGUUAGAAACUCUGUCUCUGGUGAGACUAGGAGGGAAGGGAGAGGGGAAGCCCAAGUUGAAGGUGACUGUUCAUUCUGCCAAGCACGUUCCUAGUCACGGGAAAGUGUUCGUAACCAUGCGGCACGGCGGGGAGAAGUGGAGAACCCGCGUGAAGAAGUCAGGGAACCACGUCUGGGAGGAGACUGCCGAGUUCUCUCUCCCAUCUAACCUGACGGAAAACGGCGUAGUUCUCCUAAAAAUAAAACAGGUACGGAGGUGCAGGGAAAAGACAUUGGGGACGGUUCGUGUCGACGUCCCUGAAGCCCUCUGGACGAAUGGACACCUGCCAGCGAAGAGAUGGCUCGAAGUCCAGGUGGAGAACAACACAGGUUUCCAGGAGAAACCGUUCCUCCAGGUGUCUGUGACACUUGACCCCUUACAGAAGGGCAAUGAACCCCCAAAACACGACCAAACCGAAUUCUCGUCGGAAGCUGUCAAAGAAGCGACUGCACAGGUUAAAACUGAGGACAUUGAUGACUACAAGAAGCGCGAGGCCGCUCUGAUGGAAGUGUUCAAAGCUAUUGAGCGGGAAGCAUCAGGCAGCAACAGCUCGCCUGUGUCCUCCCAUUGGUGGAAUCGCACACGUAGGUCGGAGCCAACGGGCGCGGCCGCCUCUAACGGACAUGACGACGAGCGCCCAACCUUCUCAUCACGCUGUCGACAGUUGCUACAAAGUGUGGUGAAGAGAAGAAGGCAACAAGACAACAAGAACGAGGCGUCGUCGUCCACGGAGGUGGGAAACAAUUGUCCAAUAGGUGAAGGGGAAUCUAGUCUUCACCAACCUCAAGACUCGGGUGAACCGGAUUACCGUAAAGUCGUCAUGUCGAGUAUUGAGAGCUUGUGGGAAGACCUGCUGGUUAAGAAAUCGUACGUACAAGACAUCCUGUCAUACGUAGAUUCUCUGAGGGCAAAGCUGGCCACUGUGGCUCCAUACGUCAUGGAGUACGUCAUGAGUUUGUCUGAGAAGGUACCAGACACAGCACCUUACGUACUUCCGGAGACAGUUGGGAAAAGCCUGGAGGAACUGAAAGGCAUCGAGAAGAUACUGAUGACGUUAGUAGAGCAAGAGGAAAAGCGAUCUGUGUUCGUGAAAACACACUAUUUAGAAAAGAUCUGUGCCAUCGCUGUGGAAGAAGCCCCACAGGUGCUCGAGGCCGGGCGAUGACUCUGACCGAAAAAAUGGACUGCAGUUCUAUUAAGACCGCACGGGGUCACUCAUGAUAAAAGUGGGCUGGAAGCCAUUUUGGGGGCAUUCUGUUGUGAUACUCUUCUGUUCACAUACUAUUUUACACAAAGGGGACUGAAAAUGUUACUCAUAUUGGUAGCAAAAAGGUUUGAAAGUUUUUGUACACCGUUCGCUUGAUGCAAGUUUUCUGAAAACUUCAUUGGGGUACCCGUUCUUUUUUUGAGAAGGUUUGUUCUGAAAAGU